AUGGUUUGUUCAUAUCUAUCUAUCUAUCUAUCUAUCUAUCUAUCUAUCUAUCUAUCACAGCCUCUCCAUUAUCUAUCUAUCUAUCUAUCUAUCUAUCUAUCUAUCUAUCUAUCUAUCUAUCACAUCUAUCUAUUACAGCCUAUCCAUUAUCUAUCUAUCUAUCUAUCUAUCUAUCUAUCUAUCUAUCUGUUUGUUAACAAUGAAAAAGUUUGUGACGAAGGCAAGACAACACUCAGAGUCUAUGUCGAAGGUAAGACAACACUCAGUUUCUAUGUUGAAGGUAAGACAACACUCAGUGUCUAUGUCGAAGGUAAGGCAACACUCAGUAUCUAUGUCGAAGGUAAGACAACACUCAGAGUCUAUGUCGAAGGUAAGACAACACCCAGUGUCUAUGUCGAAGGUAAAACAACCCUCAGAGUCUAUGUCGAAGGUAAAACAUCCCUCAGAGUCUAUGUCGAAGGUAAGACAACACUCAGUGUCUAUGUCGAAGAUAAGGCAAGACUCAAUGUCUUUGUCGAAGGUAAGACAACACUCAGUGUUUAUGUCGAAGUAAAUAAACAAUCUAUCUAUCUAUAUAUCUAUCUAUCUAUCUAUCUAUCUAUCUAUCUAUCUAUCUAUCUUAAACUUCAUCGGAAUCUCUCCCUCCCCUUCUCUUUCUGUAUCUAUCUAUUCAUCUAUCUAUCUAUCUAUCUAUCUAUCUAUCUAUCUAUCUAUCUAUUAUAUAAUCGAAGGCCAACUUCUCUAUCUUCUUUGUUUUUCCUUCAAAUCUUUCUCUUUCUUCCCGAUUUUUCUGUCUUUUAUCCCUUCUUGUUUAUUUAA